AUGGGUGAUAAAACUGAUUUAGUAGUUUCAAAUUACUUGAGGACAUGUUUUGCAGGGCGGGGUGAGCGCAAGGAGAGUGUCUUGGAUAUUCCGGAGAAACUGUUCGAUCAAAACAGCGAGUCUGAUGAUGAAGAUAAAUGGAGUCAAUUGGCUAAGGACAAUGAAUGCCUCGACGGAAAAUUAGGACCUGGACAAAUAGCUCCUCGCGGAUUUAAAUUGACCUGUGGUGUGCCGAAUGGAGAAGUGAAACUGGGUCUGUUCAUGGGCAAGGAAACAUUGGAAGUCGAAGUGGUUUGUGCACGAGGAAUUUGUCCCGGCGAGCCCAUCGAACCUGACACAUACGUAAAAACGUAUUUGCGGGACGGUGAACGGUGGCUACAAAAACGUAAGACCAGAGUGGUGCGUCAUUCACGAGAGCCGCAGUAUUGUCAGACGUUGAAAUACGGUAGCUGUGACGUCAGGGACAAGAACCUCCUCGUUAUGCUGUGGGAGCGAAACAUGGGCUUCGGGAGUAACCAAGGCCUUGGUGGUGCCGAAGUUAAUUUGGGCCUGCUCACCCUGACCCGUUUAACCGUUGGAUGGUACCCUCUGUUCCCCAUCCAUACCUUAGGCACUCAACAUGUAGACUCCCCAUGA